UGACAGGCCGUCCUCCCUGUAUGCAGCAGAUCCCAGCCUGCUGCACUUUGAAACAGCAUCAGAACAGGAGAGAUGGCACACCUGAUGGAAGAUGAGGUAUUCCUGGCUUACUCUACCUACGCCACUAUUGUCAUCCUGAAAAUGCUGCUGAUGGCACCAAUGACUGCAUACUUCCGCAUAACACGAGGGGCCUUUGUAAAUGAAGAAGAUGUGGCUGGAAAAAGUGAAGAGGAGAAAAAGAAGAUGCUGCGACUUAAUCCAGAUGUGGAGCGAGUUCGAAGAUGCCACCUGAACGACCUGGAGAACAUCGUUCCCUUCGUUGUGGUCGGUCUGCUCUAUGCUCUGACCGGACCAGAUCUUUCAUCUGCUCUGCUUCACUUCCGUGUGUUUGCCGCCUCUCGGAUCUGCCACACCAUCGCCUACGUUGGGGCUCUGCCUCAACCCAGCAGGGGGCUGUCCUGCAUUGUGGGCUGGGUGGUCACCUCGUGCAUGGCUUACAGGGUGCUCAGCGUAACACUGCACCUGUAGAGAAAGUACAACUAGCACCACCAAACACCCCUUUCAGUUACACACACAUGCGCACACAAGCAAAAAUGGCUGUAUACACACAUGGCUAUAUUCCCACAUGAAACCAGUCUGCUGUUAUAUGUUUUACUGUAAAUAAAUUAUUUUUUAAUUUCACUUACUGCUGCAGCAAUUUAAGGUGGAAAUUGGUUAAACAUGCUAUGUGUUGCAAUUUAACCAUCAGUAUGGCAUUAUCGAAAUGACUGUGAUAUCUGAGAUAUUCUAUAGACGGAGAUAUUCAACUUACAGGAAUAUGUGGUUCUGCCUCCAGGGGGUGAUGUAGAGCUCUACAAAUGGAAUAAACAGAGUCAAAUGAACAGCAGUCAAAGGGACCUUUUCAGAAGAACUCUCUAAAUGAUCAU